UGAAGAGUUUUGGAAAGGAAUAGAGGGAUAUAGAGAUCAUUAGAGGAAAAUGGGGACUUAUAAGAUGUUUUUCUGCUUUACGAGGAAGUUCACGAUCGGCGAGUCUCAGCUUCCGGCUGACGUGAAAGACGCCUUCAAUAGUUACACCGAACGGGGGAAUUUCAUGACAGCCGAGCUGCUACGUCGUUUCUUGGUUGAGGUUCAGGGCGAGGCCGAUGCGACAAUCGCCGAUGCGGAGCAUAUUAUUCAUCAAGUUAUUCAACAACGACACCAUAUUACUAGAUACGCGAGGCAUACGCUCAAUAUAGAUGAUUUCUUCGAUUUCAUCUUUUCUGUUGAUCUCAAUGCCCCCCUUAAAAAUGAGGUUCAUCAAGAUAUGACUGCUCCAUUGUCCCAUUAUUUCAUAUAUACAGGCCACAAUUCUUAUCUGACUGGAAACCAACUUAGUAGUGAUUGCAGCGACGUCCCAAUCAUAGCGGCACUGAAGAGAGGUGUGAGAGUGAUUGAGCUGGAUAUAUGGCCAAAUUCUUCAAAAGAUGAUGUGCAUGUUCUUCAUGGAAGGACCCUGACUACUCCUGUGUCACUCAUCCAAUGCUUGAGCUCCAUUAAAGAGCAUGCCUUUUCUACAUCACCAUACCCUGUCAUUAUUACACUUGAAGACCACCUUACUCCAGAUCUUCAGGCUAAAGUAGCUGAGAUGGUCACCCAGACAUUUGGUGAAAUGCUGUUCUUCCCUGAGUCAGAGUGUUUGGUGGGAUUCCCCUCACCUGAAACACUAAAACAUCGGAUUAUUCUUUCAACCAAGCCACCAAAAGAAUACCUCGAUUCUAAGGGUUUCCAGGACAGAGGUAGCAACUUACAAGAUGUAAAAGAUUUGCCAGAUGAAGAAGACUCAGUGGGAAAAAAAGGCUCAGACCCGAUGGCUGAAUCUGAAUCUGCUGAUGAUAAGAGUGACUGUAAUUCUCAAGAUGAUGAAGGUACGGAUGACAGUUAUCGUUAUUCACGCCAGUUUGGAGUACCUCAAUACAAGCAUCUAAUUACCAUUCCUGCUGGGAAACCUAAGGGGGGCUUGAAACUGGCACUAAAAGUGGAUCCUGAUAAAGUUAGACGUCUUAGUUUGAGUGAACAAGCACUUGAAAAGGCUACACUAUCUCAUGGGACUGAGAUUGUAAGGUUCACUCAAGAAAAUAUUCUGAGGGUAUACCCAAAGGGUACACGUGUUACCUCAUCAAAUUACAAGCCACUAAUAGGAUGGAUGCAUGGAGCUCAAAUGGUCGCAUUUAAUAUGCAGGGACAUGGAAAAUCACUCUGGUUGAUGCAUGGUAUGUUCAGAUCCAAUGGAGGGUGUGGUUAUGUUAAAAAACCUGAUUUUCUGACAAGAUUUGACCCUCAUAUUGACAUAUUUGAUCCUAAAGCAACACUGCCAGUCAAGAAAACUUUGAAGGUUAGAGUCUACCUGGGGGAUGGAUGGCGUUUGGAUUUCAGUCGUACACAUUUCGAUGCAUACUCCCCUCCAGACUUCUACACAAGGGUCGGCAUUGCAGGAGUUCCUGCAGAUUCCAAGAUGGAGAAAACCAAGGUAAUAGAUGAUGAAUGGAAUCCUGCUUGGAAAGAAGAAUUUACUUUCCCACUGACAGUUCCAGAACUGGCUUUGCUUCGAAUUGAAGUAUACGAGCAUGACAAGCACGAGAAGGAUGACUUUGCUGGACAGACAUGUUUGCCUGUUUCAGAGUUGAGGACAGGGAUCCGUGCAGUCCCACUAUUUGACCGCAAGGGUGAGAAGUUCAAGUCUGUAAAGCUUCUUAUGAGGUUUGAAUUUGUUUGAGACUCGUUAUUUUUCUUCCUGUUGUGUA